AUGCUUGGUGGAUUAGCUCAAGAUAACUACUUAGCUCGCAUGAUUUAUUUGCUUGACAUGGUGGGAUGUCAUUUGACAGUAGCCGGACGUGCUAGUGGAUGGGGGGAUCCCAAUCUUAGACACCAGCCUCUGAACACUUUGAAUUUAGAGGACAAAAACUUCAAUGAAGGUGAUAUCGUGCGACAUGAUGGCUAG